AUGCGUCGCAUACGCCUCAACUAUGACGCACCCUGCGUCACUCGAUUUCGGGUAUGGCCCCAUGAUCUGGAUGUAUUUGGUCAUAUGAACAAUGGCCGCUAUCUACAGAUCAUGGAUGUAUCCCGCACCGAAUGGAUGGCCCGUACGGGCGUGCUCUCGGCCAUGAUGGAUCAGAAGUGGUCUGCUGUGCUCGGCGGUGGGCUGACCCGUUAUCGACGCACCCUGAAGCUGAUGCAGAGUUAUAACGUGCACACACAACUGGUGUAUUGGGACACACGCUGGUUUUACUUUGAGCACACCUUUGUAGACCUGAACGGCAAAAAGGUCGCUGUCGGCGUCAGUCGUGCAGCGCUGCGAAGUCGCUCAAAAUGGGUAAACACGCAGAAAGUUGUCGAUCAGGUCAGUCCGGGCGCAGCGACCUUACCGCCGCCCGACUAUAUCCGCCAAUGGCAGGACAUCGACGAAUCAAUUUUCAAACAAGCAGGCUCUAGCCACGCGCUGGAAACAACCGACUUCAUUGAGGAUACCUCCAUCGAUGCGUUUGUUCCCGCAGGGCACGAAUCGCUGCUGGCCAAUGAGAUGACCAAAACACUUUUUGGUUUAACUGAACCUAUUGCGGUGGCGGUCUUCACUAAGAACGGUGACAGCGUAUUGAGUGCUGAAACCCUCGCAGUUGUCGCCCAGAUUACCGCAGCCCUGGGUGAGAUCGACAAUAUCGAUCCCGAACGAAUCGCCAGCAUUUCGUCGGAGUCAUCCAUAACCGGUGCUGCUGGCAGCAUUCUCGUUGACCCCUAUUUUGAUCCAGACAUUGAUGAUACCUACAGUAUCAGCGAAACAGCCCGCCGAUGGCGCAAUAUGCCACCCCACAUCGAUACCUUAGUCUCAGCAGAUGAGCAGGCCGCCGUCAUCAUGGCGGAGGUUAUAGACCCUCGCCAGGCAUCAACCACCUAUCUCGAGGUGCAGCAGUUCAUCGAAACCCUGGGGCACCCGGAACUCGAUUUUUAUAUCGCCGGGCCCGCGGCCGUGAGCGGCUAUCUGUCUGAUUAUAUAGACGCGGAUGCCCGUGUUUUGCAGCCUGUUGUCUUCCUGAUUGUGAUUAUCUUUCUGUAUUUUGCAUUCAUGCGCGCGUCAGCGCUGUUGGGUCCCAUCAUCGUACUACUGGGUGCUGCUGGUGGAAGCCUCGGCAUCAUGGCGUGGCAGGGUAUCCCCUACUUUGCUAUCACCAAUGCACUGCCCGUUAUUCUGGUUGCCAUUUCUGUUGCUGACGCGAUUCAUAUUCUGUCAGCGUACUUUGAACGUAGAGCCCGCUUACCGGAUACAGACCCGCGCCUGAUUGUCAUUGAUGCCAUGUUAGCCAUGGCACGCCCCAUCACACUGACAACGUUGACCACAAUCGCUGGUUUUACCGGUAUCGCGGUCAUUUCAAUCAUGCCACCCAUCGCCUAUUUUGCCUGGUACGCCAUGCUCGGCGUAGCGCUGGCCUGGGUAUUUUCAAUUUUUGUCCUUCCCGCCGUAUUAACGUUGCUGCAGCCUAAACCCAGCCCGCUGUUUUCAGAUUUUGGUAUGAAAGGUCCGGAUUUUAUCGGCGUAUGGCUGGGCAACGUCAGCCUGUUGGGUGCACGUUAUCCCUUCGCAGUUGUCGGCGCAUUUGCUUUGAUCAUCGUGAUCGCUGUGACUGGCGCUCUGGAACUUCGCGUUGACCGAUCUCAAGUGAACAACUUUGCUCCGGACGAACCCAUUCGCAUCGCAGACGAGCGCAUUCACAAUACAUUUGCAGGCACCGCUUUUCUUGAUGUCAUUAUUGCAACAGAGGAGCCGGACGGUCUGCUGAAUGCUCGGCGGAUGCAAAAAAUUGCUGACCUCCAGGCAUGGCUUGAAGAUCACGAGCAUGUGAGCAAAACCGUAAGUAUUGCCGACUACCUUACUCUGCUGCACAGCGCCAUCAACAACCAGGAGGUGAGCGAGAGCCGAAACCUGCCUGACACCGACGACGCCAUCGCCCAGUACCUCAUGGUGUAUGAAGCAUCUGGCGACCCAAGUGACCUGGAAGAAGAAAUUACGCCAGACUACGACGCCGCUCUAGUGCGCACCGUGUUGAACUCCCACUACUUUUCCGACAGCCGCGAAGUGGUCCUGGAACUGCAGGACUAUCUAUCCAACAGUUUUAUUGAGCCUGGAAUGGAAGCCACAAUUGCCGGAGACGUAAAUGUAGCCUUCCAUUGGAUGACACGUCUGCAGGAAAGUCAUUUUACCGGCGUUGCCCUGUCUCUUCUGCUGGUAUUGAUUAUGUCCAUCUGCGUAUUCCGCUCUAUCGGUGUCGGAUUCAUCGCCGUUAUUCCAGUGACAUUUACCGUGCUGUGCAUUUAUGGCGUGAUGGGUACCCUGGAUAUCUACCUUGAACCCGCAACCAGCAUGUUUGCAGCGAUAUCAGUAGGUGUAGGUGUCGACUUUGCCAUUCACCUGGUGGACCGCCUGCAAUAUGAGAUUCGCACCGCUGAUAACAAAGGCGAAAUCGUGAAUAUGAACGAUAUUAUUGGCAGGGUGGUCCCCAGUACCGCACGCGCCUGCUUUUUUAACGCCGCCGCGCUGGGUGUAGGUUUUUCUGUCCUGAUGAUCUCAGAUCUCCCGACUCUGCAGCGCUUUGGCGGCCUUGUUACGGUAGCUGCGUUGGCGAGCUUCCUGUCUGCCCUUAUAAUUGUGCCUGCUUGUUAUGUUCUCCGGGAACGCCUGCAACAGAUCAGUAUUGCGCCCAUUGUUAAAACCACGGGCAGUCUCGCAUUUGUAGGCAUCGCCAUCUUAAUCUAUAGCCCGACCAGCGAGGCGUUCACAGCCCAGGAAGUUGCAGCGGCAGUAGCAAACCGCGCAGAAGCACAACAAACCACGCGCACGAUACAGAUGACCCUCACCGACAAGCGUGGACGAGUACGUCAGCGGCAGGCCGUUGUGUUUCGCGCCUCAGACGAAGACGCCAAGUUGACACGGAUUACUUAUCUGGAGCCGAAGCGGGUGCGAGAGCUCACCUUCUUGAGCCGUGAUCACCAGACACUGAAUAAAAAUGACGAGCGUUGGCUGUAUAUUCCUGCGGCGGGGAAAACCCGGCGUAUUCCCGCAUCCGACCGGGGGGACUAUUUUCUUGGCACAGACUUCACUUUCGAAGACAUGCAAUCUGAUUUUAAAUUCAACCUGGACGAUUACAGCUUCACCCUGCUGGGCUCCGAGCAGGCCGCAGAUGACACUAUCUAUGUCAUCCAGGGUAAACCUGUAGACAAAUCUACUGCCAAACAACUGGGUUAUGGAGGUUUCACAGCGCGCAUCAGCGCCAGAACAUGGUUCCCAGAACAAAUCGAUUUCGUGGAUCCAAAAAACAAAUCGCUUAAGACCAUAACAAUCGAUGGGCUGCGUCAGAUUAAUGGUAUAUGGACGCCUUCAACCGUUGAAGCCACACAUCACAUCACAGGUCACACAACUCAAUUCGAUUACAUAAGCAUCAACCACGAUAUUGAAGCUGCUGUGGACGUAUUCGCGCCCGCUAACCUGACCCGGGGAUUACCCGCAUCAUGGUAA